AUGCGUCUUGGAAGACAAGGAUCCAGCUCGAAUAAUGGAUCUAGCUCGAACACUAGAUCCAGCUCGAAUACGAGAUCCAGCUCAAAGACUAGAUCUCCUCCAAACACCAGAUCACCUUCGGUCGAUCCACCUUCUUACGAUUUUUCUAUGGCUACUUCGUCCUCAAUGGGCUAUUCCAAUUCCGAAACUUCCAAGAAUGAUCAGAACGCAUUUGGACCACCUCCACCCAUUAUCAGAAGGAGCAGCAGUAAUAUCUUGCGUAAUACCACCUCAUCACCUCCCCUUCUACCACUACAAGCUCUGAACCAGCUUCCAUCCCCACCUAAAGUAAGCCACACUCCAUAUAGGCCAUCAGCAGAACAACAAAGCCAUAUAGAUUCCUUAUCUUCAAUCGCUCCACUCAGCCUGGUAACCUCCAACACUCAUACUGAAUACUUUGAUAUGUUACCCUCAUUCCAGAUGUUUCAAUCAAUUCUUAAGAGAGAUAACGAUCAAUUCAAUGAGAAUAUGACAGGGGAGCCUCCUGUCUACGGAGAUGUAUCCAACUCUUCUCCAACUCCACCUGGUUUGAGUCCUGUUUCCAGCUCCAACAAUCUCAGCGCUAUUAGUAGUAGUAGAUCGGACUAUUUCUUCCAGCAGCAAAGAGACAAUAACAUUGAUGCGAUGGUUGGCGCUGAUGACUCAGUAGAAAGUCUUCUGGAAAGACUUCAAAAUAACCAUCUUCGCUUAGACGAUGACCAUGAAUACAACAAUCCUGCGGCUACCAAUGCCGAAGGACAAGACGGAGGCUUGCACCAUCCUUCAAAUAUUGCUCAGUCCCAUGAAAACUAUGGGCACACUGUACUUGAUAAUAUAGAUAAGCUUCCCAAACUUUAUGACUCUCCUUUGGAUAUCCAAAUAUAUGUGACGAAGAGGGUUCCACAACCUGAUGUUGCCAAUGAAUUGGAAACUAGGUUGAAAGAGUAUUCAAUAGGUGAUGUGGUUAAUGGGUACAUUACAAUUGAAAACACGUCGGACAAGCCAGUUGAUUUCGGAUUAUUUAUUGUAACUUUGGAAGGUACUGUUAAAGCAACUGAGAGAGUUAAUUCACAAUCCAUUAAUGCAGGUAAGAUCAAAAGAAUCUUGUUGAAAAAGUUCUUGAAAAUGUUUGAUUUCAAUGCAUCUUAUGGGUACGGUUAUAUCCCCAGUAGUUCCGGAAUUGAAUACACUCCAUUAUCGGUAGAUCUUCAUGAUGGAUGUAUCUUUGGUAUACCUGAUGAAAGGGUAUUGCAGCCACAUGCCAAGUACAAGAAAUUCUUUACCUUCAAGUUUCCAGAAAAGCUAUUAGACAACUCAUGUUUAAAUUCGGUAUUACCUCAUGUUUUACCUCCUCCUUCAUUGGGAAUUGAUAAGACCAGUUUCUAUGGCAGAUCUGCUGGAAUAGUUUUAAAUAAGGCCUUGGGAUAUGGGUUCUUGAAUAAUAGGGGGACACCCUUGUUGACAAAAGAUUAUUGUUAUGAAGAUGUCAGUAUUUCAUAUAGCAUUGAGGCCAAAUUUAUUGAUAAAUUGAAUGCUAAAGAUCAAAAGAAGGCAAUUUCUCACGCAGAUAUCAAUGAUCCUGAUGCUGAUGUGAAUAAAUAUGUUGUUCUGAAGUCGGCACAAUAUUUCUUGAGGUUUAUUCCGGAUGUUAAGAGGCAAUUGGAUUAUAUGGAUUUAGAUUUCCAAUACGGAGGUGAAACGUAUGCUUCUGCAGGUGUUGAUGGAAAGUUAUUUGAAAACUAUUUAAAUAUGGUGACAUGGAGGAUUAUUAAUGACUUGAAUUUCCAAAUAGAAAGGGACAUUGAUGUGAAAUUGAGUCAUGAUGAGAUGAGUGAUGCUGAUAUUAAACAUAAAAACUUGAUCUUACAGAAUUCUCAAAAGACAACUAAUAAUUUACACAAUUUCAAUGUUAAGGACCAAAUUAUUAGCCAGUUGGCUAACUCUCAUCAGGCUGACUUGGAAAUAGAUGACAAUUUGUAUUACCAUGAUGAAAGAAUGAUUGGGAGCGCAAAAGCUAUGGAUAUAUAUGGAAAGAAGAAAAAGAAAAUCUUGUCUUCCUUGAUUAAGAUUGGAACUGGUAAAUUAUUUGUUCGAAUUCCAAAUAAGCCAUUUCCGUACGUUGCACCAAAAUUGCUCAUGAAGUACAAUUCUGGAAGUGCGGGAGCUAGUGGUAGUGUGACUCCUGGAGGAGGUUUGUCGCCUAUGUCUUCCAAUGAUCAUAACAGCUUUUUCAUGCCUAAACAGUCAAGAUCUAUUGACACCAGCUUAGCAUUGUCACCUGUGACUUCUGGCGCACUGAUGACCUCCAAUGGAAGCGGAAGCAAUAGCCAUAUGAUGGAUUUAUAUCACAGAGAAUUUCAUGAGAUGCCAGAGUACGUUGAUAUUAGAAUUGUUUUCAACCCUACGGAGAAUUCGACACAACCUCCGAAAAUCGACUUUAUCGAAGCAAAUAUCGUAUCAUGGACUUACAACACGGAUUAUCCCUUACCAUUUAAGGUUGGAUACGACUUCUUUUACUGUAAUCCUAAGGACGAGUCGCUACAUACUCAAGACUUGGAUGAUGCGGAAAAGACCAGAGAAAACUUACAGCAUUUAAAAGAUUUGGCAUUCAAUUACCUUCAGUUCGUAAAAGUUAAUGACGCUAUUAUACCAAGAGAGUCAUUUUUAUACCUUAAGUCAUUGAAGUCCCUUACCUUUAAGAAAGAUGUACUUAAGGAGUUUUUUCAAAAAGCAACCCAUGCAAGUCAUCCAGAGCUAUUAAACAGCGAAAGUGGUUGGAAGGCUAAGCAAUCCGGUAAGAACAAAAUGUUGUGGUAUAAGGAUAUCAAAUUGCCAUUAAAUUUGGUCAACAAAUCAAAUGUUAAUUUAAUCCCAUCUUUCCAACAAUGUUUGAUUGGUAGAGCUUACUGUUUACAAGUUGUCGUUAAAUUCAAAGGAAGCGGAUCUGAUCAGAAGGAAUUUGCUGAAAAUAUACUUAGAAUGGACGUUCCAAUAUUUGUUGGCUAG